AUGGGCGCAAACCCCACCACUCUGAACUCUUCUAGGCGAGCCCGUUUAUCAGAAGCUACAGCGCAGUUGAUAGGUAAAGGGCAGCAACCCAGGGAUCUAUAUAAACGCAGUAGCAGCGCUUCAACUGCCCAGCAGCUGCAGCAGCAGCUGCCGGAGCAGCUGCUGCUGCAGCUGCAGCAAGUCCGGCUCACCAUCUGCUCUGAGGCAGAGAUAGCCGACACCCUGGCUGGUCAGCUUCCGUUGCUGCUGCAAUUUGACCAAGGAGAGAAGUCGCCUAUUCAAGUAUGGGUACGAAAAGGCCUCCAGGGCUCCUCUUCGGACCCUCCAGAGGAGGAAGCGGCAACUCAGUUGAGGCCUGCACUGCAGCUAGUUUGCUUAGAUCCCUUCCAAGUUUCGCGGCUACGCAUCAUUUUAAGUAGAGUUGGGGCUGCCGCAUCAGCGGAGGCUGCGGCCCUUGCGAGCAAGCUGAAAUGUCCGCACAGCCUCGACCAAAUGGAUGACCUUCCGGUGUUGCGUAACUGCGCCAGCAGCAACUGCUCCAGCAGGCCCCAGGUGUAUGCGGAAGCAAACUCCACAGGCGAGCUGAUGCUGCGGGUUUGUGCCCCGCCAAGCCCGUGGAAGCUGGCUUGUCUUUGGAGGCAGGAUUUCUACACUGCAUUCUGUCGCUUGUUGCAGCAGCAAGACCAGCAAGAAAGAGAUGCGGCUAUUGUCAAGAUUGCUGGUGAAUUGCCUCUUCGCUUUUGGCAGAUUGAGUGGCUCAGGCUGCAAAGACUCUUCGGGUCAGCGCUUCAAGAGCUAUUAACAAUGCUGAAGCAGCAGCAAAAGCAGCAGGGGGAGGAAGUGGGAGACUGCCCAUACGUGCGCCUUGCCUCCAACCUAACAGCAGCAUCAGCGGCAGCACCCACAACACUAGCCGCAACUACAGCAAGGGAUGCAGCAGAGGAGGCACUGCAGAUGUGCUGCUGCAACAU